CUCUUCUUAGAGCAAGUGAGAGCUUUCUGGAAAGCUUAUAAAGAGAGGAAUAACUCUUCAAAAUCUCAAACCUAAAGGCAUGCACCCUUCUAGUUGAGGGAGAGAAGUACCGAACUGGCAGGCAUCCACACAUCAGAGUGCCCGUCUUGUAAAGUCCGCCAUGUUUCCUGCGACGUGAGGAUUUGCAGACGAAUCGAUUCCUCGACAGUGCUGUUGUCUGCAAGCUACCUCGCGCAUGCAGGUUGGCCUGUUUCUGCAUCUGGGUUUGGCGCCGUUUGUGCAGCGGUGGUUUGAAAUCUGCGGGGGUUUGGACAAAUGAGCUUGCUCGGCAGGCUGCCCAGCAACUGCGACCAAGUUUUAGGGUUUUGGAGAGGUUGUCACGAUGAGCAUGCUGAGUAUGGGAAGCGCGGGGCAUGGGGAGCUCCAGUCAAUGUGGGGUCCUGCAAGGUCGCAGCAGCAACAGCAUGACCAAGCUGUUCCUAUGGAUACUGCUGCUACGGCGCGCCCUGCUGUUGUGCGAAGUGCUCUUAUGAACCAGCCUCCGCAGCGGCGAGCGCACAUGCUUCUCCAGGAAAUGGCGGGCUUAGCCAACCGACUCGUCGAGCUUGCCGCAACGAAAAGUUGGCAACCUGGACAUAUGAAGGUGUCGAUUCCACCUUUUUUGGCUGGUGCAAUUCUUCCUCCUGAAGGUCAAGCUGCAGUCACAUCUAAAGAGGUUCAGGCACUGUUGGAAAACCACCAGAACCUCCUGUACGAAGCUGUUUCAGAGCUGCAAGAGCUCCAGGACAUAGAACAAGAGAAGCAGCAAAUCGCCGAGGAAAUCAACACCAAGGAUGUUGUGGUCAGAGCUUUUGCCAAGCGAGUCCGGGAUGCGCAUCAGGUGUUAGAGGACGCAUUGGAGGAGUACGCCGACUUGAAGAAAGGAAAACACAGAAAAUCUGUUCCAGUUGCAGAGUUGGUCUCAUACGCACAUCGCAUCAGCUACACCACAUUUGCUCCACCUGAUUAUGGAGCCGGAGAGACUAUACUGCGUGGAGCCUUACCCCCAGCCCCACAAGAGGAGAAUAUGAGAGCAUCACAACUUUAUCAUGUGCAAGUGUCCGAUCUAGGGUUCACAAGUGCUUUUGCACCACCCCCUGCGCCUGAAGCUCUGGAGGAAGCUGAACCACCCAAGGCGGAGCCAAUAAUGCCUGCAGGUUGGCGGCCAGGGAUGCCUGUACAGCUCCCUCCGAUGGCAGAGCUACCACCAAUGCCAGCAGGUUGGAAGAUUGGAGAUCCCAUUCCUCUGCCACCGUUGCCUGGUAUGCCCAUGGAGGGUCUACCUCCCAGGGUGCCAGUUCCAGUUACUAUGGUUGUUCCACAUGUUAAUCUCGAUCUUAAUCCAGAACUUGAAGACGAUCUUAGUAGUGAUUACGGCUCCGCCAGCGAAUCUGAUGAAGACGAAGAUUGAAGGAUCGGGUCUGGUUGAGAAUAUUCAUACAGUAUGGUCGCUUAUGUAUUAUGGCUUUUGCACAGAAGACCCAGUCUGCAGUCGGGUAAUUAACAUAGUUUUUGUACAAACAGCAUACUAUAUUUUGGACAUUUUUUCAGUCAUAACUUGUAUUGGCUUCACAUUUUGAUUUUGUCUUUGUGCCCUUCCUCACUUGAACUGUUUCCUGAAGAAAGCAAGAGAGAGAUGAGAAUGAGCAGAGUAAGAUAAAACAGAUUAUUCUUAAGUAUUCAAUUCAAAUUGUUUGCUUUUUAGUAUGCAGUGCUUCUUUACUUUGUUCAAGAACAGAUUUUUUUUUGUCGUGAAAUAAAAGUUCACGGAUCCAAACCA